AUUUGGAUCAUCUCAAUACUGAUGGCAGCCGUGCAGUUCGAGUACAUAUUGUUUCAAUGAAUCUUUCAAGGUCAAAGGCCCGGCAGCUUCACCGUUCAAAGACUGACGUCGCUAUCAGCUCCAGCCGCCAAGCUUCGGUGAAAACCUUCAGCACCGCCGAAAAUGUCGGUCCAGAGGGGCCGAGGGGCUCAGUGGAUCUGGCCGUGCCUUUUAUUCGGCUUGAGCGCUUGCUUUGCCAAGACCAACCUGUGGCGAAAGCAGUGGGAUGCGAGCGCGGUGUUGAAGCCCUUUGAGAAGCGACGCAUCCGGAAGUUCACAGAAGCUGGAUACCACGUAGGAUAUGUCACUCAUCCUCACGAGGGCGUUCAGCUGGGCAAGGACGAUGAGAACAUCGCAGUGGACAAAGAGGCCAUGGAGCGCUUAGCCAAGGAGCCUGUGAUCUUGAGGUUGGAUCGAUCCGGGCGGGCCAUCAAGGAGGGAGAGAAAGUCGACGGGCUCCUCCCUUGGUCCCUGAAGGAUGGCCGAGGCCUUCAUUCGGCCCAGGCACCCAAAGGAUGGGAAGACUUUCAUGCCAGGUACGGCCAAAUGGAGAAGGGCGUGGAGGGCACCUUGGGCCCCCAAGCACUGAAUGAGCUUCAGUCCAACCUGGCGCGGUACGAGGGCAAGGACAACUUUCGUGUGAUCCGAACCCUGUCCUGGCCAGGCGGAGUAGAUGGUGGUGGGCCCACGUCCAUCAUGUUGAUUGGGGUCGCAGACAUGUCCACCCGCUCGCUGCGGCUCGCCACGCGUGCGGUCUACGAGGUAGAGCCCUCCGCCCUGAUGCUGGAACUAUGCCGCGAACGUAUCGGCAAGCAGUUGGUGAUGCCGCGCGAGCAUAAGGAGGCUGUGGCCAACUAUGCGCGUGGCUUCGCCACCACCAAUCCUCAUCGGCACAGCCUCUGGCUGCAUCAUUUGGACACCAUCCAAGGAGAUGCUGAGGCGUUGAAUCAGUGGACUCGUGGCCAGCCCUAUGGCGAGGCGCUGGCAGACUUCGCCUCUCAGAGCCCGGGGAAGAUCCCACGACUGCUGUGCCUGGGAGAUGUCCGAAGCUCCACCAUGGAGCGACUGGAGAAGAAGUACCGAAACGAGUCCACCACCACGGACUCCACCCGGUCCUCACGUGCCCGACAGAUGGCGCGCGGAUUGAUCUCUAUGGCUUCCACGGGGCACAAGGUGGUCCUGGGCCUUUUGGAUACCGACCACUUGGGACCUGUGAGCGCUUGGCUGGAACGUGCUGGAGCGAAAGUCAUGGCAGUGGCGGAUGCCUCUGACAUCGAAAGCAAUCGAGAGAGCCUGGCCGCUGAUAUCAAGCUGGGCUUGGCCAGCGGGAAGGCGGGUCACCGCGGGGAAGGCGGCGGGUCACACCAACGUGGCUGGCACUGAUAUAGAAUGCUUUUGGACACAUGCGACCACAUUGUGUGCUUACUACAUCAAGUGGUAUAGAUGAAUGUUGGCUUGUGCGAGAAUUUUGCCGUUCACGUAUGUCCACGUUUAUCAGUGGUUGACUACCAGCUGCGAUUCACUUGUGCAAUAUCUAUUAUACAGAGUAUAUGACUAUACAAUGACUUUUAAUAAGUUCCAUUCGGGGGAAUGGCCAGGACACCUUGAGGUGUCUCCAAAGGAGUAACCACCCAAACCUGCGAUGACCAACUUAGAAAGAGCGGUCCUGAAAUUCAGGAGUCUGGCUAAAACGUGCAAAAGUCUCUCCGGAACAGCCAUAACUUUGUGUCAUUUCUUUAACAAGAUUAACAAGACAUUUCGGCAAAGGCUCAAAUGACCAGUCAGCCAGGCACCCAGGCGUGUUUCCGGUACCACUACGACAUGCCACCGUUGGCAGUCCGCCGUGGUUGAGAUCAGGUCCCUUAAACGGGAGCCGAUCUCACCCACCGGUCCGUCCUGACGGAGGUCCAGAGGGUCCAAAUUUGCUUCAGACCUGUCUUGCAUUGCCCGAUGGGCACAUUGGGCUGAAGAGAGAAAAUUUGGAGAAACGCAGAAGUCCAAAAAGAACUCCUCUAUAUAA